AUGGCAGCAUCUUUUACAUCUUUACUAAAAGACCCCGGUCUUUUCGUCGACAAAUCCUACAUUGACGGCGAAUGGGUGGUAUCUGAGUCGUCAAAAACGUUCCAAGUCCAAAACCCAGCUUCAGAAAAGGUCAUCGGGACAUGCCCUGAAUCAACAACAGCCGACCUCAACAACGCGAUCCAAGCCGCAUCCAAGGCCUUCCCCGCAUGGCGCGCUCUGUCGGGCCGACAACGGGGACGGAUCCUUCGACGAAUCUUCGCGUUGCUAGUCGAAAACAAAGGAGAUAUUGGCAAGAUCAUCACCACAGAGAAUGGCAAGGCCAAAGCCGAUGCCGAGGGCGAAGUCCUCUUUGCAGCCAGUUUCUUUGAGUGGUUCAGCGAAGAGGCUGCCCGGAUCUACGGGGAUAUUGUCCCACAUAGCAAUGCAAGCAGCAGAACACAAAUCAUCAAGGAGCCUGUGGGUGUCUGUGGGUUGAUUACACCAUGGAAUUUCCCGAUCGCAAUGGGCGCUCGCAAGAUUGCGGCGGCUCUUGCGGCGGGAUGUACAGUGGUUCUCAAAUCGGAUGGAUUGACACCGUUUUCCUCGAAUGCUCUUGCGGUGCUGUGUCAACGCGCUGGUGUACCAAAGGGCGUCUUGAAUAUCGUGACAGCCUUGGAGAACACCCCGCAGCUCGGCCUGGCCCUCUGCGAGUCGGAUAUGGUCAAGAAGAUAUCCUUCACUGGUUCCACUCGCGUGGGGAAGAUCUUGAUGCGGCAGUCAAGCGGAACGCUGAAGAAGCUCAGUCUUGAGCUGGGCGGCAAUGCUCCUUUUAUUGUUUUCGAUGACGCGGACCUCGAAGUCGCCGUCGCCAGCGCACUCGCCAGCAAAUUCAAAGUUACGGGCCAGACCUGCGUGUGCGCCAACCGGAUAUUUGUCCAGGAAGGCAUCUACGACCGAUUCAGUCGUAGGCUGGUUGAAGAAGCCCGGAAAUUCCGCGUAGGUGACGGGAGCGAUGAGUCCGUCACUCACGGGCCUCUGACCAACGGCGUGGCAAAGGUCGAGCAGCAUAUCAAAGAUGCAGUCAGCAAAAGUGCAAAUGUACUGCUGGGUGGAAAGCAGCUGGCAUCUCUGGGCAAGAAUUUCCACGAGCUCACUAUCCUUGGCGAUGUUGACGACACGAUGCUGGUGACACGCGAGGAGACAUUCGGUCCUAUUGCUGCAUUGAGCAAGUUCCGAACUGAGGACGAGGUUAUCGGCCGAGCAAACGACUGUGAGGUUGGCCUGGCCUCCUACAUUAUGACGACGGACCUUGCCCGCUCGCAUCGUGUAUCGCAGAGAUUGGAGACUGGGAUGGUGGCGAUCAACACGGGGGUAAUUUCAGAUGCUGCAGCGCCAUUUGGAGGCGUCAAACAUUCUGGAAUGGGCCGCGAAGGUAGUAAAUAUGGUGUUGAUGACUACAUGACCCUCAAGACGAUCGUUACGGGGGGUAUAGAUGUGUGGUCACGGUUGUAA